UGUGGUAUUUCAAUGUCACUGUCGCUCUAGAAGCGUGUCGAAAAACUAUUGCUUUUCUUUCGUAAUAACAUUCAUCCCAUUACAGAAAUAGUGAAUUGUAGUUAUUGUUGCAUGAAAAAAUAUCGUGGUCCGAUGAAGUGGUAAAGUAUCUGGGGCGUUUAAGUUUGGCAACUGGGUGUUGCAGCGCGGUGCAGGAGGCACGCGGCCCGGGCGCGCGCCGCGGCGUUGCGCGGCCGCUGUCGCAAACCACCUCGCAGUUACGCGCGAGCGCCACUUGUGAAAUGGUCGUAUCUUAAACUAUUAUAAACCCUUUCCUACCCUGAUGGGUUUCGUUAUAAACAAAAAAUCACGCGACACGAACGGGACUCCAAAUACAAAUUGACACUAAUUAAAUAACACACUGAAGUAUUCUCGAUGCCGACACCGCUUUCUAGUGCGCGUCUGAAGCCUUAAACGUUAACUUUGGGAUCGGAUAUAAAUGUUUUAUCUCCGUUUAAACAAAAAGAAGUUCGGUCUUCAAAAAUGAAGUGUAUAAAUAUACGAGUGUUGGUGUUUGUGAUAAGCUUAGCGAUGUCUUUAGCAAUGUCUUUUGACGAACUGGAAGAUUUUAGUAAUUAUCUAAAGGAAACAUCACUGUUGGAUCAACCACUGAAAAAAUUUCCCUCAGACGACGAUGACGACUCACCAAUUUCUGACCACGCUUGGGAAGAGAGCGGUCGAUUCGAGGGCGACUUGAUCCUCAACGAACGGCAGAGGCAGCUUAUAGUUCAAGAUAUCGCCGAGGGACUCUCCAGGAAUGGUCUGAAAGAUAGUACUAAGCGAUGGCCAAACAAUGAAGUUAUUGUUUACAUUCAAAGAGAACAUUUUACCAGCGAUCAAGUUCAAGCAAUUGUAAGUGGCAUGGAAGAGCUUAGCCAAGCGUCUUGCGUCAAAUUCAGGCCGUAUAAGAAAGGGGACCGAGAUGCCGUUGUGGUACAAGGCAGCCGGCGCGGCUGUUUCUCGCAAGUGGGCUACCAGGGGGGUUAUCAGGUGUUGAACCUGUCGGGCCGGCACCCGGUGGGCCGGGGGUGCUUCCGGCACGGCACGGUCGUGCACGAGUUCCUGCACACGCUGGGCUUCUACCAUAUGCAGAGCAGUCCUGACAGGGACGACUAUAUUGACGUCAUCUGGGAAAACAUCGUGCAACCGGCACGACAUAAUUUCCGGAAGUACAACCUGUUCUCGGUGUCGGACUUCGGCGUGGGAUACGACUACGACAGCGUGCUGCACUACAGCCGCAAAGCGUUCUCCUCCAACGGUGGCGACACUCUGGUGCCCAAGAAGAGUGGCGCUGAAAUUGGACAGAGGAUAGGUCUCUCGGAAAAAGACAGUGCCAAGUUAAACAAGAUGUACUGUGACGCGGACUCGAAUAAUUUCGAAGCUGCAGAUGACGUGUCACAUGCAGUAAUUAAAAAGAAAAAGACUCCUAAGAACAAGCCUUUCGAUGGGCAUGGUAUCGGAUAUCACCAAGGUAAAACUGUGGUUUUUAAACUACCUGCAGCUGAUAAUUAUAGAUUGCCCGAAAAGCCGUCAAAUGCUCUGUUUGAUUAUUUCAGUAAAGAGCCGCAAGCUGUGUCUCCGUUGCUUAUUAAAGGAUUUGGAGUUGGACAGAAAAUAACUUACACGUACAAAUUGCCUGACGGGUUCCAUAUAGCCCAACAUAAAAUUCCAAUGUACCGCUAUCCAACAUUGUUUAACAGGACAAAUAAUGCAGUAGCGUCCAUAUUUAGACAACACAAUGGAAAAAAUAACAAUGAAAACAUAAAAACUUCUAUUAAUAAUGCAGGAAAUGGAAACAAAAAUAAGGAAUCUAUAGAGGAUUUAGAUGAAAAAGUGAUUAAUGAACCAUCGCCUAAAGAUAGAGACACAGGCAAUGGAAAUGAUUUUACCAUUGUAUAUCAGCCCAACACAGAUUAUUCGAAAUUUUAUAAUCCAGUCAACAAGUACAAAAUUGGGACCGAAACGAAUUAUUAUCUUAAUUAUUCUCCAAAAGCUCAAGAACAUAAUGAACAGGGUACAAAAGAAAUACCAGAUUUAAAAUUAACCAGACAGUUUAUAGAAAAACUGAGAGAACCGAAAGCAAUGAGUUACCGUAAUCAUAACAACAACGAACGAGAAAAUUUGUAUCAGAAUGAUUUAAUCAAUAAACGUAAAAUCAUAGAUAAACCAAUACUAGUCACAAAAGAAGAAAAUACUCCAGUAGAUCAUUCUUCAUUUGGUUACGUGAUCCCUAGUACAAAACUAGAAGAGAUAAAUAAAAUAUAUUUAAUAAACCCAGAGUACACUUCCAAAAAAUAUUUGGAAAACAAGAAUGAUUUCAGUAGCCUCUACUACCCUAACGAUAAUACAAAUAAAGAUGCCGCACCCAAAAAUGCACAGUAUAAAACGUUCGGCGAAACUGUUCCCUCAACGAUUACUUAUAAAUUUAAACAAAAUAGUCCGUUAAUACACGGGGAAACACCAAACGUUCAUACUGAUUUAGAUAAUGAAGAAAGAAAAAAGGAGAGUGAAAAAUAUCUUACCAAUAAGCCGAUCUCAAACUACAAGACCGACGGUAAUUCUGACGAACAAUAUAGUUAUGAGGAUUUUGGACCCCAUGACACGACCAAAAUUACAGACUACCCGCAACCAACAUCUAACGAAGAAAACUCGUCAAAAUCUUAUGAAGUGACUGAGAAACUCUCGGAACAAGUAGAAUUAGUAACAGAGAAAUCUAACGCUUAUUCUAAAUUACAUGACGAAGAAAUAAGAUUGGAAAAGCGUCUACCUACUAUUCUGGAAAAGUAUGUGAAUUAUGAUAAUUACGAUAUAACCGCUCCUUAUUACGUCUCUGAUUAUUAUAGAAACACCUAAUGUUAAGUAACAAGGUUUCAUUGGUUAAUUACAUAAUUCAAAGAAGAAAAAAUACAAACAUCAGUAAGUAAUUGUAAUUCGUGUUAAUCUAAAGUCAUUUAGAUAACAUACCGCGCGGGGUGUUGUGUAUUAGAACUAUACUUAUGCAUAGUUAAUACGAAUGUGUGGCAUAAGGAGAAGUGUGUCUGGCGUUCACAUUUUGUUAGUAUAGAGAAUUACCAAUGUUUAUUAUCUCUCGCCUGAAGAGAAUGAGUAAGAAAGCCAGAUACACAUACUCCCGUAUGGCAUUCUUAUCCUUAGGUAUAUGUAAAUUAUAUCAUAAUCCAUCCAUAAAUAUUACAUAUUACCUUUAGCAUAUUAUUUUCGCGUAUUUAGUUACCGACCGUCAACCGAGGUGAUUAGGAAUGGACGGAGUGUAUCAGGACGAAACUAAAAAUUGAUUUAAGUACUUGACUAUUUCUUAAAAACCCUCUGUAUUGCAGACAGACUAAAGGUUGUAGGUAAGUAAUGUAUUACACAAAUUGUAUCAUAAAUAUCAUAAUACAAAACGUACUAUUAUUUUGAAACUGUCACGUAAAUCAUAUUUUAACCCGGGCAUCCCUAUUUAUCCCGGUUAACGGUAUCUCAAAUCGAACCUAUCGAUAUAAUGCGUCACAUGACAGUGCACAAGAAUAGCAGCAAGAUAAGAAGUUAUGUAUCGCAUUUAGAGGUAGUAAGGCAAAGUAAAUCAAUGCACAUUUUGUAUUAGUAUUAAGGAUUAGAUAAAACUUUAUACGCCUAAUUUUAUUUUAAUAUCGACAGUGCCUAAUAUACGUUGUGUACAUACGCAUCUCAUAGUUAAAAUAAUAAUAAAAUAUUAUAAGUAGGUAGCCAAUAAUGUUAUGAAAGACGCUGCGGUUCGGUUCGGACGUAGGCAAAUAGGUAUUAUGAUAAUUAAUAAAAUUGGAUGUGGGCACAUGGCAUCCUUUCUCUGUAUUUUUUAAGGCAACGAUACUCAACCUCUGGCCCUCCGAGCUUUUUUAGAUUAUCUUUCAGGAGUCCUAGGAACUAUAAGAACAACUUAGCAGAAACGGAAACUAAAAUCUAAUCCAUAGAUGAAAAUUAAUACAAUUUUCGUUUCCUUUACGGAAACGAUUUCCAAGUUGGCUAGCCAAAGCCUCCUAGUAUACCUACUUACUCGUAAGUAGGUAAAUUAUAUAUCUCUCUCACGGUAUAUCUCACGGGCGCUAUAAAGGUUGAGUAGGAUCGUUUGAGGUAAAUACCUACCUACAUGCUUGCAGGAAAAGGAAAAAGGUACCCACAUUUAACGUAGCUAUUAAUAACAAUUUAUAGUUAAAUUUAUUUAGUUUGAUUGUUUGUACCUUAAGGUUCGUUACUUAUUGCCUUUUACGUAUCACCAUCGCAAAACAGAUCUAUAAAAUAACGUAAUUAAUACGAGUAUAUAGUUAAAUAUAAAUAUAUUAAAUAUCUAA